AUGAAACCCUCCACGCUCCUCCUCACAAUCUUCGCCUUCGCCGCCUCCGGCCUGGCAGACAAAACCUGCACGCCCAGCUUCGACUACUGCGCCAGCGACCUGACAAAAGACAAGGGUACCAUCCCGUCCUCACACUUGUGGCUGCACCACGUUGCUAAUAUUGUAUCGGAUGCAGGCUUCACGGCAGACGACCUCAAGGCCGUCCUGAAGGGAACAGACCUCGCCAAUGAGGAUAUCAACAACGUUCUCUUCCACUGCAAGAACCCCGGGAUUGUUGGGCAUCCUAAGCGUGUCGGCCCCGAAUUCUGUUCCCCGGCCAAGUUUGUGUCUCACGAUGCGGGGCUCCAUACUCCAGACGCAUCCAUGGUCUGA